AAAAUUGUUUACACCCAGGUUUAUACAAAAAUGCCAGAUAUCAAUAAUUGUUUUAUCAAAAAACAAACGUGAAUCAACACAAUACGUGAAAAUGAGUGUUUUUACUCUAGUUUCAAUUAUUAUUAUUACUGUUAAACUAAACAUCGCUUCCAAUUUUGUCGAAAUGCGUCAACAAUUCACUUUUUCCUCCUGAAAUGUUCUAUUUUAAGGAUGUGAUUAAUUUUUAUCGAAUAUUCCAUUGCUGGUUGUUUUUGUUUUUUGUACAAAGUGUAUAGAUAAGAGCUGUGACGAUCAAAAAUGCACAUGUGGUACUGGUUCGGAAACGACCUGGCGUCGUUUUUAUUUCCUGGAUACAAUAUAACGACAACUGGAGGUCUAGUGGCAACUUGUUUUGCUCUAGCGGCUAUGGCAAUUUUUUACGAGGCAAUGAAAAUAGUUCAAGUGAAAUUACGAUUAUUUACAAUGUCCUCACUUCCUGAGCGUUUGUCCGGAAGUUCGGAAAAUUCUUCAUUACUUUCGAGAAUAUAUCCUAAUUCUUUUCAACCCUUAUCUGAAUGUCACUGCAUAAGUUGGAGUAAAUGGUUCUUGGAGGUUUUUCACUGGUCGCUACACACUUUAUUUGGUUAUAUUUUAAUGUUGGCGGUGAUGACGUACAAUGGAUACUUUACCAUUGCCCUCGCGCUUGGAAGUUGCUUUGGAUAUUGGAUAUUUGCUCCAUCUCUCAUUGAAUUGAAUUUUUCUCAAUUUCAAGCCAAAAGUCGUUCAAUUAAUUGCUCUGCGCAUUGUGCAGGUGAACUAAUUGCUGCAGGAAGGCAAGAAUCGUCGACAACAGUCGACGAGGAAUUGGCGACUGCAUCCCAAGCUGAUGUCGAAGUUCAUGUUCAUAAUGAAGAAAUUGGUUGAGAGAGAAAGAGAGAGGAAAAGUCUGAAAUUAAAACUAUCGACUCCCAGUGAAUUUUAUAAAUUGAACACCAAUUAUACAUAUUUUAGAACAAGUUUUAAAACAUCAAAAAAGUGAGAGACAAAUUUACAAUCAACUAUAUCUUUUUUAACGAAAAAUUUACAUAUUUAUUCUCAAAUUUUAUUGAUAUGAAAUAAAAAAAAAUAUUUUACA